GGCGAGGCUCGUACGUGACUAGGAUCGAUCGGUUCUGUCCCUGUCUGUGGCUGCCGACUAUGGCCAACGGCAUGGUGCGCGAGGUGGACCGCGCGAUCGGCGCGCUAUCCACACUGGUACUGGGCGUGGGGCUGCUCGUGCUACGCGAGUUUUAUCGAAGUGUACGAUACAAACAGGGCAAGUGGGAGCGUUGUGACUUAGAUGGCGGCGGCAAGGAUGUCUACUAUCAGAAGAAGUACGGAAUGCCAAAGUUGCCACUGUUUCAACACCGAGGAAGUUGCGACUGUGGGUCACUGAGAUUUAUGGUUCUUGCACCCAAGCGAGUGGAAGCGUUCGACGACAGCAACACGUUUUCAUGCAAGAAAGGAAGGUUUCCGUUCUUGAUCGUCCCGACGUCCUGCUUCGAGAUGAUGGAGUCGUCGGAUGUCUCGCUGUAUGAAAGCCAAGCCACGUCGUGCCAGCAUGUCUUUUGCGCGCAAUGCGGUAUUCACAUCUUCCAGUUCGACCACACUCAGCCCGACUGUGUUGCAGUCAACGUGUACUGCGUGGAGGAUGAAAACUUUGACGAGAUGAAGAUCAUAUUUAUUCCAAGAGGUUCGCGUCCGCUGUUCGGCCGGGCUAAUAGACUUCCAGUGCCGUCGAAGCAGCCGUACCGACGUCCUCUGCAGACCCAGGGGUUCGACACUGUCCGAGAAGACAGUGAAGAGUCAACUAUCGCGUUUCAGAAGCAGCUGAUGAUGUGGGCUCGCAUGGACAACCACGAGAAGUACCGAGAGCCUCCCUCAGACGAUACGCAGUCUUCAACCAGCUCUACCAGCCAGAACGGACGCUUCUCGUUUGCAUCGUCAGAAGACUCGACGACCGUGACAAAAGACCAAUUGGAGUUUUACCUCAAGCGCCACUUGGAUGACCCUCCGCAGCAAGAAUUCCGCGUGUAGUUGCCAACCUGAAAUCCCCUUUCCCGCUUACGAUUUGCGGGUCUUGAUAUUCCUGGCCCAGGAAUCCGGGGGGGUAACACAAAAGUUUCCCAGCUCCGUCCUCGACUGUCACUGCGCUUGAAGCAGUGCAUUGAGCGAGUUUGAAGUCAGCAUUUAGGUCUCCAUCUCAGAAAGUAUGUAAAAAUAGUACAACCAAAACUGACUCAAAUC